CUUCUCAUCACACGCUCCUCUUUAGCUUUUAUUUAUUUAAGGGACUGAAACACUAGUUUUGUUUGGCAGAUUGAAGUGCCGGAGUGGACUGGACGAGAUUACAGACACAUCAGGUGUUAAACAUAACGGGAUAUACAACACCACGGUACCCUCAGUAAACUUGAAUAAACACAAACACACUGAAACCAUACAGCAGUUUAACUAAAGGACAUUCAACACUGACACCCUGAAGAAACUUUCUUACCUAUACAGAGGAGUUGCGGUUCGACAGAUAUGGCUGACAAACAGAUCAGUUUGCCUGCCAAGUUGAUAAAUGGGGGCAUUGCUGGCUUGAUUGGUGUCACUUGUGUGUUUCCCAUUGACCUGGCCAAGACCCGCUUACAGAACCAGCAGACCAAACUCUACACCAGCAUGUCAGAUUGCCUUAUCAAAACUAUACGCUCAGAAGGUUAUUUUGGAAUGUACAGAGGUGCAGCAGUGAACUUAACUCUGGUUACUCCUGAGAAAGCCAUAAAACUGGCAGCCAAUGACUUCUUCAGACACCAUCUCUCCAAGGACGGGCAGAAGCUGACACUGUUCAGAGAAAUGCUAGCAGGCUGUGGGGCAGGUACAUGUCAGGUCAUUAUUACAACGCCAAUGGAGAUGCUAAAAAUUCAACUGCAAGAUGCAGGAAGAAUUGCUGCUCAGAGAAAGCUGAUGCCACAGACGGUGGCCCCGGGUGGCCCGGUGGAGGUAAAGAGCCCAACGGCUAUGCAGCUCACACGUGACUUGCUGAAAGAAAAAGGAAUUGCUGGACUGUAUAAAGGCCUAGGAGCUACACUUCUCAGGGAUGUUCCUUUCUCAAUCAUCUACUUCCCUCUGUUUGCUAAUCUGAAUAACCUGGGGAAAAAGAAUGCAGAAGGCCCUGCUCCAUUCUACGUCUCUUUUAUUUCAGGCUGUAUUGCUGGCAGCACAGCCGCUGUAGCUGUUAACCCUGUAGAUGUGAUAAAAACCAGGUUGCAGUCCCUAACACGUGGCAGUCAGGAGGACACAUACAGCGGAGUAACUGACUGUAUCAGAAAGAUUCUGAAGAACGAGGGACCCUCUGCCUUUCUGAAAGGUGCAUACUGCCGUGCUCUCGUCAUCGCCCCACUCUUCGGCAUCGCCCAGGUCGUCUACUUCCUCGGCGUGGGUGAAUUUAUCCUCAGCUUCUUACCUAAGCGGAACAAUUAACUGAUUAUUUUUGCUUUCUGCCUUCCCACCUACACACACUGCACCAGUUUAACUUAAAUACUUGCCCCCACCCUCUCCACAUCUCAGCUACCUGUGUUGCCUGGAGGUCGUGGAGAUCAUGUUAGGUGUUUUUGUAUAUAAGUGUGUUUGAAUAUAAAUGUGAAGUUCAGAGGAGAUUGAGAGGAAGUUUCUUUUCUAAAGACUGGUUGGUCUUUAACAUAAUUGAAUGUGUUGUUUAAGAGGUUAUGCGUUUUACGGAGAUUUAUAUAAGUUGAAAUCAAAUUUAACAAUUGAUAUUUGUUGUGCUGUUGGUGACCACAGUGUCUGUCUGACAAUCUGAUAAUAGGGACCUUGUUGGGUAUAUUUUAAAUUAUUACAUGAUUUUAAUAAGGAUACAAAUGUUCAUAUGAAUUACUGAAACCCUUGAAAUGUUAAUGCUUCUAACACUACUUGAAGGAAUGAGUUGUUUUGUAAUAUGGAGAUUUUAAUAAUCCCGGUCAGAAUGUCCGACCUAAUUGACCUCAAGAAGCUUUGUGUGUAUUUGAAGGUUUUUGUGUGUGAUGUAAAAGCUGUUUCAGCGCUAGAUGGAUUGCAAGUCUGUGUAAGCACACACACACAUACACAGGCACACAUUCACACGAGUCUAAUAAUGAGCGCUUUACGCAGGUCAUGUGACUCAUAUUAGCUUCAGGCAUCAUGCACUACAGCUUUUCAUUUGUACACUGAUAGUCUCACCUGAUUAGCGAUAACAGAAGAACAAUAUACACAGGCCUAUUAUAGAAGCUUAACUUCUUUGGCAGUAAAGGUGUUUCUUACUCUGAAGGCACUUUUGAGCUAACAUAACAAUCGCAUAUAGUUCCUGAAAGCACAAAAAAAGCAUGCUUGAAAUUCAUCUAGCGAUAUAGCUAAUUCAUCCACUUGCUGCUAGUGGGCAUUGAGGAAAGAAGAACACCUGUAGGAAGGUGUUGCACAUUGAGGAACUAUUUUAGUACUAAUUCAUUUGUAUAAUUUCUGUGAUUUAAAGUUUAUUUUUAUUAUUUUGUUUUAAAUGUUAGUUAUUGCCUCUGACCAAAUUACAUAUUUUAUUAAUUUUCAGUGACAAAAAGUAAACCUAAU